AUGCCGUCCUUUAAGCCCUUCGCUUCAGUGACGGGGCGAAACUCAUAUAGUCUUUUCGAUAUUCGCCUUGACAGCGACUUUAUCGUCUUCCGUGGAAGUGAUCACGAAUCAUCUGGUCAAGUUCUCAAAGGCACACUAGUCUUGUGUCUACAAACAUCCCUCAAAAUCGAAGAUGUUAGACUGCGACUUGUAGGAACCCUACGCCAUACCUGGGCUGAUCCCAGAGGAAGCGCUCCUGGUGUUUCGGGACAAAAGGUUGACAAGACGCAAACGAUACUCGAGCACCGAUGGGCGCCUUUUGUCGGCACGCACGGCAAGAGCAUGACGCUCCCCGCCGGCAACUACGAAUGGCCUUUCGAAUACAUGCUUCCCGGCAACAUGGCUGAGAGUGUUGAGGGCAUUCCCGAAGCAUCCAUCACAUACAGACUCAGGGCAACCGUCGGACGUGGGAAACUUGCAUACGAUUUGCACGCCAACAAGCACCUUCGAAUCAUCCGAACAUUAGAGCCAGGCGCCCUGGAAUUCCUCCACGCCAUGAGUGUCGAGAACAUCUGGCCCAACAAGGUUGAUUACUCAAUCAUCAUCCCCCAAAAGGCCGUAGUGUUUGGCGGCUUGGUCACAAUGGAGAUGCGCUUCACACCCUUACUCAAAGGGCUCGAGCUGGGCGAUAUCACGGCACGGUUGAUGGAAGUCCGCGAGUGCUAUGUCCAAGGAUCAGGCUCAGGUUAUGGCACUAAGGAGCACCGAACAGAGCGUGAGGUCUCGAUGUGGAAGUUUGAGGUUUCGAGAGAAGAGCACUGGCAAGAUAUGAUUGAGGAUACUGGUCAAGAAGGCUGGGCGGUCACCAAGAAGCUGAACUUGCCCAAGAGACUUCGCCAGUGCGUCCAAGAUCUGAACCACCACGGCAUCAAGGUCCGUCACAAAAUUAAGCUGACCGUUGCUCUUUGCAAUCCCGAUGGUCAUAUUUCUGAGCUUCGAGCAACACUCCCAGUGUCAAUCUUUAUCUCACCUAACAUGCCUCUGGAUGAGGAGGGUAACCUCGUCGACCAGUCACCAACCACACCUAACAACGAGCGAGAACUUUCGACAAUUGCUCCCCCUGGAUAUGGAGAGCAUGUUCUCGAUCAGUUGUAUGAGGACGUUGACGUUAGUGGCUUCCAGACGCCCGGCUUUCAGUCAGGCGUCAGCAGUCCCUUCUACGCACAGUCACGAGCAGGCUCGAAUGAAAACCUCGCAGCGCUUGCGCACAGCUUACCUGUCGCACCUGCGGCACUUUCAUCUCGAUUGGCCGAUGUGUCGCUGGACCCUUCUCGAAGAACGACCUCCUCUACGUCUCUGCGCUCACUAGGCACGCCUGGCUUCAUGUCCCCCACGUCUGCCUUCCAAGGCCCAGCUCCGAGAUCGGAGCCUGCGACGGCAGCACUCACCAGAAGCAACAGCUCCGAAGACUCAUCACGCAACUCUGCUGAACACAUCGAUCUCGAUGUCUCUGAUUUGACUGAACUCAACAAAGUCCCUAGCUACCAGACAGCUGUCAAAACCCCGGCUCGCUCACGUGCUGGUACUGGGGACCUGCUGUUGCCAGAUUAUCAGACGGCGCUGAGCGCUCCCAGGACACCGCCUGCUACGGAUUACCCAGCAGACCCUCUAGGCACGAUAUCCGAGGACCAGGACGGCGAGGAUCAUCCUCUGCAUAUAUCGCGCCCUUCCAGUUGGAUUGGCAAUGGCCGCGCUUACACGGAUGAUGCUUCAACCUACCGAAGGAUGCAUCCCUCGCAGAACCGAAAUCAAGUUGCCUAA